UUAAAGCCGAGGACCCCCCCGAGCUGCCCCCCCCGCGCAGCCCCCCCACCUCCCCCAGACCCAGCUGAUGCUGGCGGGGAGCCAGCUGGCCGGGCUGGCAGCGCUGAUGCCGGCCCAGCAGCAGUUGCUCCUGCAGCAGGCUCAGGCCCAGCUGCUGGCGGCGGCCGUUCAGCAGCAGCAGCAGCACCAGCCCGGGGGGGCCGCAGCCGCCGCAACCCCCCCGGGCAGGGAGGGGACCCCUGGGCCCCCCCCGGCCCCCCCCCAGCUCACCCUCUCCCAGCCCAUCCAGCUCACUGCCCAGGACAUCCAGCAGCUCCUCCAGCUCCAGCAACUGGUGCUCGUCCCCGGCCACCACCUCCAGCCGCCCCCCCAGUUCCUGCUGCCCCCCACCCAGCAAGGACAGCAAGGGCUGCUCCCCACCCCAAACCUCUUUCAGCUACCUCAGCAAAGCCCCGGGGGGCUCCUGCCAAACCAGCCCCGCGGGGGGCUGCCAGCACAGCCAGCGACUCGGCCAGGCCUCCCCGAGUCCCACCUGCCCCCGGGCCCCCCCCCCAAAUGCCUGGACCCCCCCCCGCACCCCGAGGAACCCAGCGACCUGGAGGAGCUGGAGCAGUUCGCCCGCACCUUCAAGCAGCGGCGCAUCAAGCUGGGGUUCACCCAGGGUGACGUGGGGCUGGCCAUGGGGAAGCUCUACGGCAACGACUUCAGCCAAACGACCAUCUCCCGCUUCGAGGCGCUCAACCUCAGCUUCAAGAACAUGUGCAAGCUCAAGCCGCUGCUGGAGAAGUGGCUCAACGACGCCGAGACCAUGUCGGUGGACUCGACGCUGCCCAGCCCCAACGCGCUGAGCUCCCCCAGCCUGGGGGGCUUCGAGGGGCUCCCGGGGCGGCGCCGCAAGAAACGCACCAGCAUCGAGACCAACGUCCGCUUCGCCCUGGAGAAAAGCUUCCUCGCGAACCAGAAGCCCACGUCGGAGGAGAUCCUGCUGAUCGCGGAGCAGCUGCACAUGGAGAAGGAGGUGAUUCGCGUGUGGUUCUGCAACCGCCGCCAGAAGGAGAAGCGCAUCAACCCCUGCGGCACCGGCACCGGGCCCCCCCCCGGCCUGCCCCCCGCGCCCCCCGGCAAGCCCCCCGCCUACAGCCCACACAUG